CAUGAAAGGUCGUGACGAACAUGCGCUGCGCUUCGCGCAUGGAUACACAGCAAGCACGAGCGUGGCCGAUCUCGUGCCGCUGUGUGCCCCCCCCUCUCAAACUAUGGCAAUCGUCGUUGCGGGGGUUGUCGUGGUGCUUGGGAUUCGGGAUGCCGUGGCGAUCUUGAUCCAUGGAUUUGUUGACGUGGUUUCAGUUGGUUCAGUCCGCGGCCACAUUUUUCCCGCGUCAACGCUGCUGGCACCACGCCAUUUCGAGCGGCGAGUCCCGCCCGCCAUGUGUGAGCGGGUCGACGUCGACGGCAUGUCCAACGAUUGAUGUCCCGUCGUGCCGCCGAUCAUGAACUGGUUUCAAUAUGGGAUUGCGCGCGCCGAGUCGAACGCACGGCGUCCGUGCUUCCGGUAUCAGAACGACCCCGCCGACAUCUCGCGACCUGCCCAACAAAGCGAGGGUUUCUCUGGGUUCGCACGGGGCAAGGAAGCGUUCCACGGCGGGGAUGCUGGGUGGGAACCCAAGCAACAGCGUGCGCCAUUCUUACAACGUCCACGUGGUUGGUCUGGACGGGUCGGUCCCUCAGCUGUCCCCAACAAUAGCCACGCCAUGCUUCCCAUCACGUGAACUGGAAACGUUGGCUCUUCGAUCCAUCACCAUGCACGAGGUCAUCGCCCACGCGAUCCUCACAUCGUACUGACCCGCAUGGCACACAGCCUGUGCCAAUGGGUACAAUCGCCGCCGCGUCAGGUGUUGCGAUGUAUUUCGACUUUUUUUGGUGGAAUUUUUGGAAGUUUGUGUUUGCAAUAUUUCUUGACGAAAAUAUGGAUCGGGGCAGGCAAUUUCUCUUGGACUUUUCGAUGAGUUCACGUUUUUGACAAAACGACGAAUUUUGAGGCAAUGCGACAUCGGACGUGGCGAGCGUGAAGCCAACGGCUCUUGUCCUGCGGGCUCUGCUGCGCCACGACCGUCGCAACAUGUGGGCGGCGCCACACGAUGCCGUCGUCAAAGUGUCAUCAAGAUGUGGUCCAAUUGCGGCACGCACACGACGAAGGCCCACGUUGGGCAGCUUGUACGGUGCCCACCCACCACCCCACUCCCGAGCUUCAGACACAUCAACAUGGAUUGACACGAGGAGCGCAGUGCCUGACCCGAACGCGCGUCCCGCCCUACGUCGGUCUCUCCUCGAGGGCCGAUUGUUCGCAUCUCUCUGCCGACAACGCGCGAAUUGCGAAUGGAACUCUCCUAUACAAACGAUAGUAUAAUGAGUACACUCUCACUCUCUGACAUUCAGUAACGCGGUGUUUUUUCUAACUCAUUCUCCA